UAAACACAACUCUCUCAGUGUCACCUCGGCUCUCCACCUGUGUACACCUGUCUCACUCACCCCCACCUGUCGCUAACCCGUCCUGAGUGGUUGUCAGGUUCUCCAUCUCUACGUUUCCUAAUUCGUCCCUGCUCGCUACCCCCCAAUGAAGACUAUCCUGCUGGCGCUAGUGACGGUGGGCCUGCUGGUGGCGAGACAAGGGGUUCAAGGCGUCCCAGGAUCCUACAGAACGUUUAGUGAGCUGCAGGGCAAGUAUAUCCCCUACAACAGCGCCAUCAGGAAAACCCGCGGUAGAAUGGAAGAAUGCAAUGAAGAAUGUGUCAAGGAUGACUCUUGCAACGCCUACGCCCAUUCCCGCAUGGAGAACAUCUGCUUCCUCUACGCCAAGGGACGCGAUCAGCUCCCCGUGAAGAUUGAUGGGUACAAUCUCUACGUGCGGGUGAGAGAUGAAAGCGACGGGUUCUACAGGUUCGGAUCUCACUACAUCAAGCUGGUCAUGGAGCGGAAGACUUAUAGGGAAGCGAUGAAAUACUGUGACGAGAACUUCUACGGUGUUCUUCCCAUUAUUACUAACCAUGCUAUGAACACCUUUAUGGAGAACAUGCUGCGUCAGUCCGUGGUGUUCGCGGCGACCAUUGGAGUUACAGACCAGAACGAGGAAGGGAAAUGGGUCUACAGCAGAACUGAUACUGAGAUUGUGUACUCCAACUGGAACUGGAAGGGGCAGUGGUUGCUGAAGGACCGCAACUGUGUCACUCUCACUAUUGACGGAACGUGGGUCAUGUCCGAUUGUUGGCAGCUUGAUUAUUUCUUCUGCCAGGUGCCACUUUACUGAGUCUGCGGAAAAGAGAGAGUGGAGUAGUGCAGGGAGUUUAUGUGGAGCGUUCUGUGAGUGUUUUAGGUGACGAGUGGAGUGUUCUGAGGAUGUGGAAGAGUGAAUGAGGGUGACUAAAUGAGGCGAGUGUUGGAGUGAGUUAAUGUGGAGUGUUCUGGGAGUGUGGAUCAGAGUUUGAGGCGACGAGUGGAGUGAUCUAGUGACGAGUGGAGUGUUCUGAGGAUGUGGAAGAGUGGAUGAGGGUGACUGAAUGAGGCGAGUGUUGGAGUGAGUUAAUGUGGAGUGUUCUGGGAGUGUGGAGUAGUGUUUUAAAUGGCGAGUGGAGUGAUCUAGUGUAGUGUGGAGUGUUCUAAGGAUGUGGAUGAGUGGAUGAGGGUGACUAAAGGAGUUGGAGACGUGGAGUUAGUUAAUGUGGAGUGUUCAAGGUGGACUAAUGUUUGAGGUGACACAUGGAGUGAUUUAAUGAGUGUACUGUGGAUGUGGAAGAGUGGAUGACCUGUUGGAGUGGGGGAGUGAGUCAGUAAUGUAGAGCGUUCAGCAAGUGUGGACUAGUGUUUUGAAUGGCGAGUGGAGGGAUCUAGUGUACUGUGGACUGUUUUGAGAAUGUGGAAGAGUGGAUGAGCUGACUUCACGAGCUGGCGGAGGGGUGGAAUGAGUCAGUAAUGUGGUGUGUUCAGCGAGUGUGGACUAAUAUUUUAAGUGACGAGUGGAAUGAGCAAAUAGUAGUGUGGAGUGAUCUGAGAAUGUGGAAGAGUGGAUGGGGAGAUAUAAGGUGGAGUAAGUCAGUAGUGUGGUGUGUUCUGGGAAUGUGGACUAAUAUACAGGUGGAGAGCAACCCACUGAUAACAGGAAUGUGGAAUGUUCUGAGGGGUGUGGAGUGACAGUGACACAAAGUGGAAUGUUACGUGAAUGUGGAGUAGGUAGUGGAGUAGCGAAUGUGGAGGAGAGCCAGUAAGACAAUAACAAAGUGUUGUGAAAGGGGUGAGAGUGGAUGGAUGGUGGACAAGUUGGUAAUCAUGAAUUGGAUUGGUUACUGUGUGUGGUGGUGGUGGUUGUGGUGAUGGUGGUGGUGGUGAUGGACUGGAGUGUGAUCUUGACGGAAAACCUUUAAUCUACACCUUAACUGUGUUUCAUAAAGCGUGUUGCCUUGUUUUGAAUACCUGAACAAACAGUAACAAUAGUAAAAGUUCUAAAUCUUUACUUUAUCUACGGAAAACCUUUAAUCUACACCCUAAUUGUGUUUCGUUAAGUGUGUUGCAUUGCUUUGAAUACCCAAACAAACCAGUAACAAUGAUAAAAAGCUGCAAUUUUCAUUUAUACCAUGUGGGCUUUUCACGGGAAUUUCUGGGCUAAAGGGGGCAUUUUUGUGAGGCACCUCCUAUCUCAAAGCCCACCCGUUGUCCAGAGUGAGGAAGCCCAACUUACACUCGGACCGUGGACAGGAUUCGAACCCGUGCGCUUGGAGACCCCUCGGACCCCAAAGCACGCAUGGUUCCACUGUACCACGGCGGGCCCUUAUCUGCUGUGUUUGCUGUAGUAGCAAUGUGAAUAAAAGUUUAAACGCU